AUGUUUUGGACAGUUGCCAAGUCAAUUGUUGAGGGAGAUUUCAAGUUGAAUAUAAAGACGAUCAGAGAAGUCAAUCCUGCUACUUAUGAUCAUUUGAAUGCAAGGGAGCCUAAAUAUUGGUGUAGGGUAUUCUAUAAAGGUGGAAUGGCCUACACAUUAGAUUAUAUACUUGAUGCCAACAUACUUGAUGCCAGAAAGAAGGCAUUGUUGGCCAUGAGUUGGUAUGUUCAUCCAAGUGGUAGGAAUUCUUAUGAAGUCAAAAACAGAUUAUACUCAUAUGGAGUUCACUUAGAGGCACCUACUGUUGACGAUGAAGGUUUUCCACAAAUAGAUGUUGAGAUUGAGGUUGAAGAUGAUGGUCUUGAUAUAGAUGAUAUGGAUCAAAUACUGCAUGAUUUGAGUUACUCGAGAGAAUCAAAAUACAAUGAAAAAGAGAUCAUUUUCCGUCUUAUUAUCACCCAAACACAAUUUAAAGAGUUUGUUUCUUUGUUUCAACAAUCCAAACAAGUUCCAAAGCCGAUACCAAAUAGAGUUAAUGAAGCACAAGAGGACAACGUUGAUGAACAUGGAGUUGAUGAAACACAUGAGGACAAUGAUAAAGAUGGAGAUGAUGGAAUUAAUAAAACUCGUGAGGAGGAAGAUGAUGAAGAUGGAGUUGAUGAUAAGCAAGUUAAGGUUAGAACUAGAAAACCUUCUGAAAGGAUCACUGAGAACAUGUUGAAGAAAAUUGUGGUGGAUAAGAAAGGAAUAGGAAUGGCUCUAGAAAAACCUCUUACUUUAGAGUAUAAUUGUUAG